UCGUGGGCGCUCACCCCGCGCUUUGCUGGACCCAAACUCUCCCCUUUCCGCCCUUCCGCGCUGGGGCAAUGGGCCGGGGUAGCCUCCACGCCGGGCCAUCCACCGCCGCCGUCCCCCGACCGGCCAGCAGUGGGUGGCGUCUACUACGAGCCGCAGCCAAGCCCAGGACGACGCGGAGUGGGCCAGACGGAGCCUGCUGGUUGGACCAUGGGCUCCUCCGUGCCCGCGUGCUCCUGCCUCUUGAGCGGCCUGCUCCUGACUCUGGCGGCGGCGGCUGCCGCGUUGCCUUCCGAAGGAGUAGAAGGUAAGACGGCGGGACGGCGACCGCGGCUCCUCCUCCUUUCUGGCUCGGGAUAAUGAAGAAAGUCCGCCCCGGAGUGGCCGCCGCCGGCGCCUGCUGGUUGCUGUAGGGAGAAGAAGAGAGGCGAGGGGAGUCCCAUCUUGCCUCGCCCCUACCUUGGGCGGCUGAGGCUCGCAGCUCCUCCACGCCUUUGCCGCGGGGCCCGUUCUGGAUUCUGGAAGCGGCCGGGCGCAGCGUCCCUGCCUCCUCUCGCCCGCGCCCCAGUGCCGCUCCUCGGCAAAAGAAGAGUGCGUUGAUGGUUGCUGGCCAAGAGCCUGUAUGCCCAUCUUCUGCUUGGAUUUCAUUUGGCAAUAGCUGCUAUGCUUUAUUUCAAGGAACAUGGGAGAGUAUUGGUGAUGCCAGGGACCUCUGCAAAGGCAACGCUUCUGGAGCUGAUAUUGUCAGCAUAAAUAAUAAAGAGGAGAAUACCUUUAUCCUAAAGAGUUUCCUCAACCAUUGGCAUGGGCCUGAGUAUAUUUCAUUGGGCAUGUUUUUUGAUGCAGAUGAUGAUGUUUUCAGAUGGUACGAUAAUUCCAAUGUGAAUUUUACAAAUUGGAUGGAGGGGGAACAUAAUGUGGAGCUCCUAAACACUUGUGCUUGUAUGCACACUAGAUCAGGUGGAUGGAAAAAAAUGAGUUGUGAACAAGUGCCGCUGACUGGGAUUCUUUGUGAAACUGCGGUUCUUUAUGAAAAGAAGUAUUUACCAGAUAACAAAGUCUGGACAAGCACUGUAGUCAUACUUUCAACAGUCAUUAUGUCAGUGGCUGCAGCAUUGCUCUGGUUCCUUUACCAAAGGAGGAUUUCUUCUGGAACAAGAUGGACAGUUAACAAUUCUACCACUCAAGUUCCACAUAGUGAUGAAGUAGUUCUUAUAGAGGAGGAAAACGAAUAUAUCGCCUAAGCCGCAUUUCUCUACAAACUGGUAAUUAGAGAAAGGAGCAGUAUAUCUCAAGAAUGAGCCUGCAAGUAAACCUCAAGAAACAGACAGUGCCAUUUCAAAUACUUCCCAUAUGAAGAAAUUAAUCUGGAAGUUCUUCAGUUGUUUUAAAUAGGAUUAAUAAUUCUACUUACUCGUGAAAUCAUUCUCCAUAUAUGGAAGCAUAUGUUUUCCACAAACUGCACUUUCUCAUUUUUUUAAAAAACAUUUGACUGUCUGCAUUUGGGCAUACCCAAAAUCUCAAGCCCCCCCCCCCCCCCUCCUACUGAAGAACACAAUAUUGCACAUGAUUUAAAGUUCUGGUGUAUGGGUGGUUAAAUCUUCCCAACUGAACACAGUGAGAUUUUCAAAUGCCUCACUGGGGCAUAAUCCAGUUGUUCACCAUCACCCCAGGCCCAAGGGCAACUGUGCUCAGAAAGGUUUUGGGAUCUGUCCUGACUGCAUAAGAGGAAGAAGGCCUCUAACUCCAGAGAUGUAUGCAUAUCAUUCUUGCCUUACAAGCAACUAACUGAUACUGUGCAAGAGUAUAUCAGCCUAGUAAAAUUGUGCAAAAGCAAUUUGCAUAAAUGCAAAAAUUUGCACAAAUUGUUCUACAAGAGCAACCCCAUUGGAAAUAAUGGACUUUCUCUUGCGUUACAUAAAUUCACCGUUAGAAGACUUAUGUACUCUUGUGUAGUAUGUCACAGUGUUCAACUUAUUAACAAUCACUUUACAGGUUACACAAAAUGGGAAUUAGGUCCAGAAUGUAACAUUCCUUUGUUCAAACCUUCAGCCACUAUUAUAGUGACAAGUUGUAUAAGGAAAUAUGAAUUUGCCCCAGAAUUAGACGGUGCUCAGUCAUUUCUGAACAUCAGGCUUCUCUUCAGUGCUUUUUGUGACCACCUGUGGUUACAACCAUCUGCCAGAACCUUUGGUCUUAUUGUGUAUCACUUGCAGGCCCAUAAGCUUUCUCACCAAUUGCUAUUUAGUCCAAAAAAUCCACACCACCUGCCUUUUUAGGAGCACAAUGCAUGAAUGCCAUCACAUCAUGCAGUGCUUCAAUGGCAGGGACAUGCUCAAAAUUUGUGGAUUGUGGCUUGUUGCUGAAGUUCUUUGCUGUUUUAAAAAAUACUAAUCUAAGUGAGCUCCAUAAAUGGUGGCAGAUCACUGUAUAAUUAACACAUCAAAAAGCCAUAAGAAUCUACAAUUUCAAUCUAUUUGUAGAGGUUUGUUUCUUUUUUCUUGUCAAAAUAAUGUUUUGUCUGCUAUAGUCAGAUACUUUAGAACAGACUGAACUUUUUUUUUAAAGCCACUUAAUUGUAUACAUGAAAUAGUCAGAAGUUUACAGGGAAAUAUUGCAAUAGUAUUUAUUAUUUUAAUAAAGCAAUACCCAUUCUUAAAA